AUGUGUUGGGUGUGUGUUGAGACGGCUGGAGGUUACAGUCGGGGGGAGAUCGUGGUCGCCGAUCCCGGAGUUUUGCCACCAGGUCAUGUGUUGAUUGGGGAGAAAGCUUUGGUCCCAGCAAGAGAUGGUUCAGCAGUGGCUUGUUUUGCAAAGAAGGUUCGUGUUGACAGUGCUGCAGGCUACAAGCUCGAGGACCUCCGAAUUCUUCCCGUCACCUUUGAUGCUCAGGGGGUGAGGCGAAGAGAAUUUGCCCAGGCGGUCGCUGCAAUGGUUGAGGGAACACCCCAAGGAGGCGGUCUUCAACUAGAGGGUCCGGCGACUGCAUUGAAUGUGCUCAAGUCCCUUCGUGACCAAUUUAUGACUCCUACUUCAUUUCACGAAUUUUGGUUGCGAAGUGCUGAGAUCCCAAGGGGUGACCGGUCGAUCUACGAGCAUGAGGUGUUGUCGCGCAUCCUCGAAUCGAUUGUGACCGUUGAUCAGCUCAACGUCAGCGGCUUGCAGGGGAUUGAGUUGCUGGUUCGACGACUGCAGGUGAUUCGAGAGGCCCAUCGGAUCUUGCCAUCCAGCCCAGAUUACAGUUCGGCAGAGUUCUUCAUGGGCUGGAAGUAUCGGAAGGGCGCACAUGGAGUUGAUCCCGACCUUGCACAUCACGUUGCUGCGGAGUUGAAGUCGGAAGCAAUGAUCCUCAAGGAGAGCCGCAAGGCAAAGGAAGAAGCGCAAGCGCGCCGCCGAAACCCCGGUGACAAGAAGGGGGGAGGCCUUUCGACAUCUGCGAGGAGAAGGAAGGCACGAGUUCGGGGUUUGGUUGAAGAGUCCAACAGAAUUAUAGAUACUUUGAACGAGAUGUAUGCUCCCCAGCAGGUCUCUCCCCAGGGUGAAUGCACUUUGGCACAGAGGUCCAGUCAGCAUGCCAUCUUCAAGCAAUUGGCCCGUCAAUCAAAGGCCCAUCAACAGUGCAGUAUGCGUGAGGCUGUACAAGAGCUUCUGCAAUGCGACUCCUCCUACUCUCAGGAGGAUUUUGUCAGCACAGUGCGCCCCUAUCAGCGAGACUUGAUAUCCCUCCCUGAGACCGGCGACGAUCCCGUAUCGUUGGACCAGGUUUUGGAUGAGCAUGGACGACAAGUUCUCGGUGAUCCCCUGCGGACUAUGCUCCUUUCGGAUGAGGAGUGGGGUGAAGUGCUGGAGAAGGGUGAUUUGGUUAGGCCUUACAUGGAUGUGAGAUUGCAGCACGAUCAACAGCUAUAUACCUCGUUCAUUCAGGACCUACAUGCGAAGGGAAUGAUAUCUUUCACCUGGAGGCCCCGGGAGAUAGUGUGCAUCCCGGAGGGCUCUACACUCUAUCUGGCCCAAUCCGACAUCAAGGACUACUUUUAUAGUUUAGCUCUACCUCAUGAACUACAGAGCCUCUUCUGUUUGCCUGCUAUCGCCAAGUCCACCAUGCAGGACUGGGGCUUGGAUUUGGAUCAGGUGGACUGCGACGCCGAAGGCUGGACGUUCCCGAUGUUGAGGGUAGUUCUGAUGGGUUGGAGUUGGGCUAUGUGGGUGGCACAAAGGGUCCACACGCAUCUGUGCAUGGAGGCUGGAGGCCUUAGUCUGGAUCGCGUGAUCGUGGAGAGCAAGGCGCCCCCAGAUUUGUCAGAUGGUGAGGUGAUCAUCAUUCCGUACGCUGACAAUUUGAAUGUGGCAGGUAUUGAUGAACAACGUGUUCAGCAGGUUAAGAACAAGAUCGUUGAUAGGCUUCGCGAGAUCGGUUUUCGAGUGCGUGAAGAGUUGGAAGCAUGUAGCAUUGGACAAAGCCUCGGCUUCCUCGUCGAUGGCGCCAAAGGUGUGGUGGCGCCCAUUCCGGAGAGGCUGCACAAGGUCAGAUUGGCGCUUGACUGGCUGGCGAGGCAGCCCUGGGUGACGGGGAAACAGGUCGAGCGGCUCAUCGGACAUUGUGUUCAUUUCAUGCUCCUACGUAGAGAACUCCUGUCGAUCUUCAGAGCCAUGUACGACUUUGCGCACAAGAGCUAUUCGAAAAAACGACCACUUUUUGCCUCUGCUGCAAGAGAAGCUAAGUGGGCAUCAGCUCUAUUGGGUCUUUGCAGUGUAGAUUUGAGGAAGGACUGGAGUGGGCGGGUUACCGCAAGCGAUGCUUCAUUGUCAGGUGUGGCGGUGUGCUGCCGUGAGCUCCCUCGAGAUGAGGUAGCCGCGAUAGGAUCACAACGUGAGCCCUGGCGAUACAAGUACAAAGAGCUGCCUCCUCCUCGUGAAGCUGCUUUGAACUUUGGUGACCCCUUUUCAGACCCUUCAACUGUGAAACCCCUGAAACAAGAACUUGAACAACCCGAUCCCUUCGAGUUGAAUGAGAAGUUCGUUGAAGUGCCCCAAAACGUCUUGCAGCCUGAGUUGUGGCAGGAGGUGUUUGCCGUUCACAUGAAACAUCCGGAACACAUUACAUUGCUGGAAACCAGAGGUGUUGUGAUUUCUUUGAGACACAAAUUUAGAGCCGUGCAGCAUUUUGGAAAGAGACACUUGCAUCUCGGAGAUAACAUGGGCAUGAUCCUCAUGAUCGCCAAGGGACGCUCGAGCUCUUUUUCCAUGUUGAAGUUGUGUAGGCGCCUCUGUGCUCUUUUGCUAUGUGCCGAUUCCAUGCUUUCACCUCGUUGGAUUCCCUCUGAGUUGAACGUGGCCGACAAAGGAAGGAGGCCGGCCGACAAGGCCAAGACUCGAGCAGAGAUAGCGAGACAGAGAUCCGAUCCUCCUCGCUUCAAGGGACAGACAAACCUGGAGCGAGUAGCAGUGUCGGAAGCAGUGGCGAAAGACUACACCAGAAGGACCAACGAUCUGAGAUUCUUUGCACGACAGAGCAAGAUUUCCCUUCGAAGUGCGAAGAACUUGGACGAGGCCUGCACCUUGUUUCUGAACAACAUCUUCGAGCAGGGCGUAGAGCUCCACGAGGGCUCAAAGUUUGUGGCGGCGGUCAAAGACGCGUUCCCAGACUUUGGCCACAAGUCAGCACUGCCUCGAAUGAUCAGAGCACUUCAGGGCUGGACAAAGAUCGAUCCUCAGAAGACCAGACCACCUCUGCCUUGGGAGUUGGUCGCCGGCAUUGCAAUGAAGAUGCAGGCACGAACGCGGCACCAUGCGGCCUUGGCGGUGUUGACCAUGUUUUCGGCCUACCUGAGGCCGGGAGAAUGCCUGGGGAUCCAGAAGACAGACCUGGUAAGACCUAUGCCAAGACAGGAGCACCACACGCUCCACCUGCACCCUGCCGAGAGACACGAGGCCUCAAAAGUUGGGAUCUCGGAAGAGUCGAUUCAGCUGGAUUCAGUGCAGCUCCUUUGGUUGGGUCAAGCGUUGGAACAGCUUCAGACGGACGGGCCAUUUCUUUUCGAGCUGGGACACGCAGAGAUGGUCUCAGCUUGGAAACAAGCCUUGGUGGAUCUAGGACUGGAACACAACCACGCAGUCCUGCACCAACUAUAA